AUGUUAAAGAACUUCAAACUUUCCAAACGAGAUAGUCAUGGAUCUAAAGGUAGACUAACGUCGGCAGAUAUAUCGACGCCCACUCAAACUCAAGAGAACUCCAAUGUAAUAAAACAUAUGAAAACAGUUCCAGUAAGGUACCUAUCGUCGUCAGAUGGGAUAGGGAAGAAUCAACAACAACAACAACAACAAACAACAAAUUCAUACCAUAAUCGACACAGUUCUAACGUCUCAUCUCCUGAUAAGGCCAUCAAAGCAAUAUAUAAUUAUCAUUCACAGACUCCUAAAGAACUAUCUUUCGUAAAGGGGGAAUUCUUCUACGUGAUAAAUGAAAAUGAUGAAUGGUAUGAAGCAUCAAAUCCAUCCACUGGGAAACAAGGUAUGGUACCAAAAAGUUAUUUUGAAGAAUUUGAUAGAACAAGACCAACUUCUAUAGGUGCUACUACUGCCACUACUACUAAUAGACAAAGUCAACAAACCACACAGUCCAACGAAUCAUCAUCAACAACAAAAUUAGGAUCAUUAUACGCUAUUGUGUUGUAUGAUUUUAAAGCUGAAAAAUCUGAUGAAUUGACUGCAUUUGUUGGUGAAAAUUUAUUCAUUUGCGCUCAUCAUAAUUUUGAAUGGUUUAUUGCCAAACCUAUUGGUAGACUUGGUGGACCUGGGUUAGUUCCCGUUGGAUUCGUUAGUAUUGUUGAUAUAGCUACUGGUUAUGCUACUGGUAAUGACGUUAUGGAAGAUAUUAAAUCUGUUAAUCUGCCCACUGUACAAGAAUGGAAAGCUAAUAUUGCCAAAUAUAAAGCAAGUAAUAUCAAUUUAGGAACAGUAGAACAAAAACAACAAGAUUCUCAAUACCGUAAUAGUAAUAAAAAUAUGUCAAGUAGUGGUAGAGACACGGGUACAUCUCGUAAGGGUUCUGUAUUGACGGCAAAUAGUUAUGAUGUAAUAACGAGAGUUUCUGUGGAUUCAUAUGGAUUAGAAGAUGAAAAAUAUUGGUUCGCUGUAAAUUGUGAUCUAGAUAAUGGUAAAUCAAGAAAAUUGAAAAGAUAUUACGAAGACUUUUAUGAUUUACAAGUAAGUUUAUUAGAUUCUUUCCCCGCAGAAAGUGGUAAAUUAAGAGAUUCGAAUGGUCAGUGGACAAAACGUAUUUUACCUUAUAUCCCAGGACCUGUACCGUAUGUCACUGAGAUGAUUACCAAGAAGAGAAGAGAGGAUUUAAAUGUAUAUGUUACUGAUUUAGUAAAACUUCCGGCAUAUAUAUCACAUUCACCUUUAGUUGACAAUGUAUUCAAACUUAGAAAUAAUGGUUAUGAUGAAGAAUAUGUAACCUCUACUGUGGACCACCCUGGUAAGGAUAAUGGUGAUACCGCUAUUCUUCAUGUAAAUCCCAAUGAUCUAAACAAUAAUGAAGAUAAUACAUUAACUGGAGAAGAUUUGAAAUUGCAAGAAAAACUUUCAGGUUUAGCUUUAUCUUCGACAGUAGGAAAGAAUUCAAGACCAACAAGUGCAUUACCUUCUACCACGAAGCCAACAAAGAUAAAAUUUUAUUAUAAGGAUGAUAUUUUCGCAUUAAUGUUGAAUAAAGAUAUAACAUUUGCAGAACUUCAUGAUAGAAUUGCACCAAGGAUUGAUACUGAGAAAUUCAAAUUAUGUGUUAAACUAGAAGAAGGAGAUGGUGAAGAAAUUAAGUCCGAUCUUCAAGUACCUGAGAUUAUUGAUGCAAAGCUGAAAAUUUCAGUUCACGAUUUGUGA